GAAACAGAUUCUUGGAAUUAAGGUUAACAAAUAAACCUCCAAUUAUUAGUACUACAAUUUAAAUUAAUACUCCAAUAUACUUUUAGUUUUCUUCCACCGCCUUUCUUCGCCCGCAGGUGACACAAAUUUCUCACCCCAAAAGUCAUUAACUUUGUUAGUACGUAUACAUUCGUCCAAUUACAAUUCACUGUCAUAUUGUUUUUCGUCACAGACGCAGACCCUAAAGGGCCUAAACAUAUUUUGUGUUCAUAUACUUCUUAAUUUAAAUGGCUUAAGGAAUCGUUAUCGAGCUUCCCAGAUAGACGAAGUCAGAAGAAUCCUUUUCAAGAGCAUCCUCUCGCCAGCAAAGACUAAUUCAACAUGUUUGGACGAGUUCCAAAGAGAAGUGAUAACUCCAAAUACUAUGAAGUUCUUGGGGUUUCCAAAAAUGCGAGCCAAGAUGAACUCAAGAAAGCUUACAGAAAAGCUGCCAUAAAAAACCAUCCUGACAAAGGUGGUGAUCCUGAAAAGUUCAAGGAGUUAGCGCAAGCAUAUGAAGUUCUUAAUGAUCCGGAGAAGAGAGAAAUAUAUGAUCAAUAUGGUGAAGAUGCUCUUAAAGAGGGAAUGUCUGGAGGUGGUGGUGUUCAUAAUCCUUUUGAUAUAUUUGAAUCGUUCUUUGGUGGAGGAGGCUUUUCUGAUCACGGUGGCUUCUAUGGAAGGAAAAAACAGGGUGAAGAUGUUGUACACACAUUGAAAGUUUCUCUUGAUAACUUGUACAAUGGAACAACCAAAAAGCUCUCUCUUUCCCGGAACAUAUUGUGCCCAAAGUGCAAAGGGAAAGGAUCCAAUAGUGGCAAAACUGUAAAAUGUUAUGGAUGUCAAGGUUCUGGCACGAAGACGACUACACGGCAACUUCUACUCGGGAUGAUUCAACGAGUUCAACAGGUGUGUCCUGACUGCAGAGGCUCAGGAGAGGUUGUUCAUGAAAGGGAUAGAUGCACUCACUGCAAAGGAAAAAUGGUUGUGCAGGAGAAGAAAGUGCUUGAAGUCCAUGUCGAGAAAGGGAUGAAACAUGGUCAGAAGAUUGUGUUCCCAGGUGCAGCUGAUGAAGCUCCUGAUACAGUCACAGGAGACAUUGUUUUUGUGCUGCAACAACGGGAACAUCCCAAGUUCAAGAGGAAGUUCGAUGAUCUUUACAUUGAGCAUAACCUUACAUUAAAAGAAGCUCUGUGUGGCUUCAAGUUCGUCUUGACUCAUCUCGACGGCAGGAAAUUACUGGUGAAGACAGAUCCUGGUCAAGUGGUGAAGCCUGGUCAGUACAAGGCAAUAAAUGAUGAAGGAAUGCCACACUACCAAAGGCCCUUCAUGAAGGGUAAGCUCGUCAUCCAUUUUAAUGUGGAAUUCCCAGAGUCAGGGGCCCUUUCAUCCGAGCAACGCCAGUCGUUGAAGACAAUCUUUCCGGCGAAGCAGUCGUCAGAUAUGGAUGUAGAUGUAUGUGAGGAAACCGUGCUACAUGACGUCAAUAUGGAUGAAGAAAUGAGGCGAAAACAGCGACAACGACAAUAUGAAGCUUACGAUCAGGACGAUGACGAUGAUGAUGAACCAGAUAUGCAUAGGGUGGGUUGUAAUCAGCAAUAAGUCUCUUUAAGUUAUGAGCCAGAUAUCUAGUUCUUUUGUUCUUUUUUCAUUAUAAUCUUUAUUGGCUUGUUUUAGCUUGGAUAACUUCCACUAGCUAUCAUCAUGGAUGGAUCUUUCUUUAUCCCUAUUGCAAAUGGUCUUUUCGCACUUCUAAUAUUUCAUUCGUCUGAGAGUAACACUCUUGUUUCAUUCGAUCGUCUCAUUUUUUUAUUUUAUUUUUCAAAUGAAGCUAAAUACAUACUUUCGUAUCAUAAUAAGAUUAUCGUUUCAUAUCCAGCAUUGAUACUCUCUUC